GCCAGGACUUUUAUUUUGGCGCGGUGAUGUGACGUCAUAAGUACGCGCCGCGCUCCUGCAUCUUUUGGAAACUCGACCGAAGAAAGAUCGGCUCCUCCCACACUGGAAUUCAUCAUCAGUGAAGCUCCUCCCACUCUGGAAUUCAUCAUCAGUGAAGCUCCUCCCACUGCAGUUCAGCAAUAAAUGCUGGAAGAUUCCCAUCAGUUCAGAAGUGAAGACAAGCGUCAGAGCAUCAGGAAGAGCUGAAAUCUGAUCAAAGACUGAGUUUAUUAAAGAGGACAGAGAGAAGAUGAGAGAUCCAGAGCCCUGCAGAAUCAAACACACUGAAGAUACUGAACAACAAACAGAGCUGAUGGAAGAGAGCGAGCAAAGUGAAGUGGAGGAGGAGCAUCAUGUCAAACCUGGAGAAAAACCUUUGGAUCACUCAAAGACUAAAAAGACAUUUUUAAAGAAAAUAAAAGCCAAUAAAUCUAUCACCUGCACUCAGUGUGGAAAGAGCUUCCCAUGCAAAUCAAUUCUUGAGCGUCACAUGAGAGUUCAUACUGGAGAGAAACCGUUCACAUGUGAUCAGUGCGGAAAUCAGUUCAAAGAAAAAGGACAACUUAACAAACACAUGAAAAUUCACACUGGAGAAAAGCCAUUUACAUGUGAUCAGUGCGGGAAGAGUUUCACAUACAAACAAAGUCUUGGGCGUCACAUGAGAGUUCACACCGGAGAGAAACCGUUCACGUGUGACCAAUGUAGAAAGAGCUUUACACGACCAGCACAUCUUAGAAAACACAUGAGGAUCCACACUGGAGAGAAGCCACACAUGUGUGAUCAAUGUGGGAAGAGUUUCAGAAGCAAAUAUAAUCUUAAUAUUCACAUGAGGACCCACACUGAAGUGAAGCCGUUCACAUGUGAUCAGUGUGAGAAGAGUUUCACAUACAAACAUAAUCUUAAUAUUCACAUGAUGACCCACACUGGAGUGAAGCCGUUCAUGUGCAAUCAGUGUGGAAAGAGAUUCUCACACAAAGUUAGUCUUGAGGGUCACAUGAGUGUUCAUACUGGAGUGAAGCUGUUCAUGUGUGACCAAUGUGGAAAGAGCUUCACGCAAUCAGCACACCUUAAACAACACAAGAAAGUUCACACUGGAGAAAAGCCACACACGUGUGAACAGUGUGGGAAGAGUUUCACAUACAAAGAUUAUCUUAAAGAACACAUGAGGAUCCACACCGGAGAGAAGCCGUUCACGUGUGAUCAGUGCGGGAAGAGUUUCACGCAAUCAGCAAGCCUUAAAGUACACAUGAGGAUCCACACCGGAGAGAAGCCGUUCAAGUGUGAUCAGUGCGGGAAGACAUUUAGUCGGUUAUCAAACCUGAAGAAACACCUGACAGUUCAUACAAAGGAGAAGCCACAUUCAUGUUCUGAAUGUGGGAAGAGUUUUUCACAGAUUCAAAGUUUACAUAAACAUCAGAAAACUCACACUGGUGUGAGAGAGUACUUGUGCAUUGAGUGUGGGAAGACUUUUACUACAGCGAGACAGUUAAAACUGCACCAGAGAGUUCACACUGGAGAGAAACCUCACAAGUGUUCACACUGUGACAAGACAUUCAGUCGGUCAGGAUCUCUGAAAGCACAUGAGAAGAUCCACACUGGAGAGAAGCUGCACACGUGUGAUCAGUGCGGAAAGAGUUUCUCUUUUAAAAGUCACCUGAAGAUACAUAUGAAGAUCCAUUCAGUGGAGAAACCACACAGCGAUGUUCACAAGUCUUUAUUGCUGAAGUCUUGAGUGAUUUAAUGGCUUGCUAAAAUCUCAUUAAAAAUCCUCAUGAAUUGAACUAAUUACGAAGCUCGAGACUAAAUAUAUGAUCUUCUAUGAUAUGCUUUGUAAGGUUAAUGUACAUCCAGCCUGUUACUUAGGUUUCUAUCCAUUACAUUAUACAUAACAGUUGAUCUGUAAUGCAAUUCUACGAUAAGAGAUCUACCUGAUCUACCAUGACACAUAAGGAAAUGUGACAGAUAUUACAAAACCAUAUAAAUAAUGUCUUUCUUUAUGAUACAAUUCAGGGGUAUUCAAUUAAAGGGGUCAUAUAAUGCCAUUUUUGUACAAGCUAAUAUGAUUCUUUAGGGUCUAAAUUGAAAGUUUGUAAUAUACUUUAAUUAAAAAUUCUCAUUAGUAUUGUAAGAAAACACUCAUUUUACCUGCUCAAAAACAGCUCUGUUUUCAGCACACCGUUUUAGUGCGUGUGUUUUUAAAUGCUAAUGAGCUCUGCUCGCCCCGCCCCUCUGUUCUGUGGGGCGUUUUUGACACAACAAACGUGGAGUGUUGCCUUGACAACAGUUGAGGGUAUAUUUUGAAGAAUGGCAGCGGGAGUCUCUGAGGAUACUGUGCAACCGUAUCAAUUCGAACCGGAGUCGGACCCGGAACAGGUAACAGAUAACAUAACUUAUUCUGGCAUAAUAUUGAAAAACAUCAAUUAGAGUAUUUAUAGUCUUGGAUCAUAUGCAUUUGCAGGAUGUAAACAGUAUUUUGCAGGUAUUGUGUUACCAUUAAUUUUCAUGCAGUUAUAACUGUUUUUUAUUUAUUUAAAUUUUUUACAUUACUUGAAGCCACAUACAUCGUGAAGCGUGCUAGCGAUUUGCAAAGAUUAAUAUAAAGGUUAAUAUAAAGGUUAAUUAAACGUUACACUCACUUCUUCUGGAGGUUCAGCAGGAACACGAAUAGUUGGUACCGAUUCUUUUUUCAGGUGCAGCUUCUUAGCAAAACCAGCUUUAUACUGACCUUCAUUUAUAAAGCAGUCUGGUGAAAAAUGAGUCGCGCAAACAUGAAAACAUUGACGUUGCUCGUGGGGAAUAUUCCCUUCAAAAUCAAAACUCAGCCACUGUGUCUUCAGCGGUUCGGACUUAGGAACAUCAAAAUGACUGCUGUGUUCAUUAUUGCACCCGAGAACAGAACACCACAAUCACUUAGACGCCAUUCUACUCAUAGACAGCUCCAGCGUAUAUCAACAAUGACGCGCAGACUAUGAUUGACAGCUCGCUCACGAGCAAGGGCGGGUUUGUGUUGAAACACUGCUGUCAAUCAACCAUCGUGGGAGGCGUCCGACCGUGUGGCGUCCUGCGGUCGAACGGCUUGAUUUGAGACAGGGUAAAACAAAUAAGGAGAUUAAAAAAAAAACACUGGAUGGAUUUUUAUCAUUUUAUGAUGGUUGUGUACAGGCACUGCUAACACACAUUUCAGCACAAUCAACUUGUAAAAGUGCAUGUACCAUUAUAUGACCCCCUUUAAGAAUCCUUACAUCAACACUGUUUUUUUUUCAUAUUUUCCUUUGGAUGAGAGUAAACAUUUGAAGAUGCACAGAGAUAAUUCAGCUAAGCAUCUAUCACAAGUGCAUUUAACCCCCUGGGGUCAGAUAGCAAGCACACUCGGGCUGAUUCUGGCUGAAAUGUGACACUGUCGGCUCAGUCUCGGCAUCGGUGAGAAGAUAAUGGGCCAGAGCCACGCUGACUCUACAAAACACUUCUGUCUGACAGACGCAUUUUUCUCUCUGGGCCGAUCUCGGCUGAAAGCUGUUCAGGUCCGCACUCAGUGUAGUUGUGUGUAUCUACCUUCGGCCUGAGUUGGUUUUGUCUCCGGCGGCCGCUGCUAGAAUGAAGGAACUCUGCCGCUGAGAGAAAGAUUUGGAGGUUAAUCCUGAGGAGAUUUCAGCGGGCACAGUUCUCAAGAGGAAUACUUCAGCUGCAAAAAGAGUGGCUGCUAUUGAAGGAGUCGGACUGCGCUGGCGCCAUAAACAUCUGUACGAGUGACUCUCUGAUUCAGUUCACUUAACCAUUCAAAUGAUUAUGUGGGAAGCUCUGACACAGAAAAACAUUAUAGAUAAGUAAGAGAAAGCCAUAAAAUGUAAGUGCAUCAUCUUUUGUUCUUGAAUGGAGGACUAAUCUGUCUGCUGCACAGUUUUUAGAGUGAAUGAAAACUUUUGAAGCAUAUGCCGUAUGAUAUUAAAAUCAUACUUAUUUUACUGUGGUGGGGAUUAUUAUGAGCAAACAAAUUUAAAAGUUUAAUCUGAACACUAUAUAUAUGUAAUGUGACUUUUUUUGUUGUUUUUUACAGAAAUUCUGAGCUGCUGCAUGAACAUUCAUCAAACAUAUAAGGCUGCAAUUUGGAAAAACUUUCAAGCUAAUGCUGCUGCAAUGGAUGUCAAGGGGACUGAAGAGGUGGCUCCAGCUGAUCAAAAGGGUGGACUUCAGGAGGCAGACACACUCUGUUAAAGGUAUUCAGCUGAUCCAGUCGGUCUCCAGACCAGACGGUGGACCUGCACCCAGGAGCGACCACAACACAUCCCUGACUGUCAGCGGAGACCAUGUCAGCUAGAUGACAGAUCCCUGUGAAGACCUCACUGAUGGCCCCAGCACAGAUCCUCAGCAAAGACUACGAGAACCAGACAAGCCCUCUACGCAGACCCUUUUUACCAGCUUCACCUGCUAGCGUGAUGUUUCUUCAUGCAGAAGAAGUUGGAUGAAAUAUUCUGAAUGAUAUCAAUCCACAAUCUGACUUGUGAUUCAGCCUGGAAUAAUCACACCACAUUCAUUAAUUUGGCCAGACGAGACUGUUUCCUGACUGAGUCUGGUCUUGUUUGGGUUCCUUGUCACUGUUGCCUUUUGUCUUGCUUAGUUGAAGACACCUAAUAUUCAGCAAUAUUAUUGACACUGACACCAUUUGAUAAGAACUGAACUGAAUUAUGACACAAUGUUUUAUAUAUGAAGAGUUUUUGCAAAAACAGAUAACUCAGUUUUUAAAAAUGUUCAAAAAUCAUGUUUUUUGUUAUCAUGUUUUUAUUGUUUUAUUGUGUUAGUUAGCUAGUGUUUGUUAGUUGUUGUUUUUUUACCUAAUCAAAAUAACCCAACUGCAGUUUGAUUGAGAUUAAUUGGAAUGCACAGUGAAAAAACAUGAUUUUUUUAAAUUGUUAAAAAUGGAGUUUUGUUUUUGCAAAUGAACUCUUCAUAUAUAUAUAAUAUACAGUAAAUAUAAUUUACUUGUUACUUUGUGGUUUAAAAAGUGUGUUAAUGUUUAUACUGUAGUGCAUUUGUUCAUUGUUAAAAACAUCUAGUGAAACCAGCUCCUUAAGCUGUAAUUUAAUUAGCAAAUUAUUCCAGGCAAAGGGAGCAGCAAAUUUAAAUGACUUUUUCCCUAAUUCAGUAGGUACCACUGGAACAGACGAUAAGAAAAAUUCCUGGGACCGAAGGCUAUAGCUACGAACAGAUUUUUUUACAGAUGUAGGUAUUAGGAUAUGAAGGAAGUAAACCCAGAUAGAUUAAUAAAUAAAAACAUGCCAGUGUUUUAACCUACGGAUUGACAAUGCAGACCAUCCAACCCGGGCAGAUUUGUUAAAAACCUCAGUGCACCAUGAUAAACGGUGUCUAUAGCAUGUAAACUCUGAGAAGAUGCACGUAUGUACAGUAUAUAACAUCACCAUAGUCCAGUACAGACAUAAAAGUGGCAGCAACAAGCUUUGUUUUUGCCUCAAAAGAAAGGAUUUAUUUCUAAAAUAGAAGCCCAAGUUCACUUUCAAUCUUCUCACCAGUUGCUGGACACGAGGGCCAAAGGAGAGAGCAGCAUCAGUUAAAAUUCUAAGGGUCUAAGGUACAACAUCAGUGUCAAUCAACAAUCGUGGGCGUGGCCUGGGUCUGUGUGAUGUCACACAGACAAGAAGCUGAGAACGACUUGAUUUGAGAAAGCGGUAAUGAUUUUAGGAGAUUAAAAAAACACUGGGUGGAUUUUUAUCAUUAUUGGGUUGUUGUGUACACACACUGCCAACACACAUUUAUGUUCAAACAACAUGUAAAAGUGCAUUUUGCAUCUGA